AUGAAGUUAUCUAAAUCAUGCCUCUUAAUCUUGACUUCUCACCAUCUCACUAUUGUAUGGGCUGAACGCUCUAUUUCAAUUGACAAAACCGGAGUGACAUAUCGUGGAACUGCCUCCGAUUUAGUCGAACAGUUUCAAAAUAUAAAAUAUGCACAUGAUACCUCUGGAGAGCGACGAUUCGCUCCUCCUGAGCCAUAUCUGCCUCCGGAAAAUACAAUUAUCGAUGCGAAAACUCCUGGUCCAUCAUGUCCUCAACACCAGGUUGCGAUGCCACCGUUCUUCUCUGAGACGACAGAGAUGAGCGAGGACUGUCUCCAUCUUCGGAUAGCACGACCUGCCGGAUUGAAACUGACGCGGGAAAGCAAGAUACCUGUUGUCGUAUGGAUUCAUGGAGGGGGUGUUGUGAAAGGCUCGGCGUAUGACCCUCAUACCGACCCUCAUACCGACCCUCACAAUCUGGUUAAAUUAUCUCUCAUGGAUGGGAAACCGAUCAUCUUUGCAGCGAUUAACUAUCGACUCUCGAUCUUUGGAUUUGCACGCCUGCCUCUGCUGAAGGAUCAAAAGUCUUUGAAUGUUGGAAUGAGAGACCAGCGUUUGGGGCUGGAAUGGAUUCAAGCUCAUAUCCAGGAUUUUGGAGGUGAUCCAGAUCGUAUCACUGUUUAUGGUUUGAGUGCAGGGGCAACAUCUAUUUCUUUGCAGGCCAUGGUAUAUGGAGGAGAGAAGGGAGUGCCGUUUCAACAGGCUUGGGUCAUGUCAGGGCCUCCUGGAACGGCUUUGAAUAUGACGAGCGAGGUGACGGCGCUACAUACCGCGGCUGUAGGAAAGGAGGUUGGAUGUGCCGACCUGCCGGAUUUGGCACUGGUGGAGUGCUUACGAGCGGUUCCGAUGCAAGAACUUCUUCAUGCUGCACUUCAAUAUUCGGUCUCCAACUUUCCCCCGGCUGGCUUGUUUACUUUCGUUCCAUCUGUCGAUGAUGAUUUUCUGCCGGAUAGUCAGUCGAAAUUGGUUAGCUCAGGUAGAUUUGUGAAAGGUUUGUCUAUUAUUCCAUUUUGGGGCUCGUUUCUUACUAUUUUUUAGGCAUUCGCAUGGUUUUGGGAUGGACUCAAGGAAGAUGGAGCCACAAAUGCCGGACCAGGUCACUUAAUCCAAACCGAAGGAGACAUAGCGAAGACUCUGAAAACGUUCUCAGCGGCUCUAACAGCAGAUCAAAUAUCUCAUUUAUUGCACUUAUACCCAGUGCCUUCCUUUGAGGAAGAACUAAGUAACUACCAAAGCCGAAAGACACCCCAAGAUCCCGAAAUCUCGGUCCAUUUCUUCCGCCUCUCGCGGAUUCUCAGAGACCUCCUUUUCACAUGUUCGUCGAUCAAUUUCAGCUACGAAAUGACAAAACAGACGCGGGCUACCCUGGAUCCGAAUUUCGAUGCUGUCCGCUUGUAUUCUCUGAACCAAAGUAUUUUGACACCCAUGUUUCACGGUGCGGGAAUGCCGUAUAUCAGUGUCCCCCAUGGCUCAGAUACAAACUACAUCUUCAGUGGUUUAUUCCCCGAGGGCGACGUUUCGACGCCAGACAAAGAGCUAUCGGAGAGUUUCUCAAGGAGCUUUAUCAAUUUCGCAUAUACAGGAAAUCCCAUCGCAGAGGAUCCUAGCUUAGGAAAGGGAUUUGAGACCUGGCCAGAAGCCUUCGGAAAUGGAAGAGAUCUUUCUGAUUUGGAUAGCUUUGUGAUUCAGGUUAUUGGCGGCCCGCUUGGUACUUGUCCUGCUUCGGUAAUGGAUCCUGGUUUUAAAGAGGCGUACGAGAGUGAGGGAUGGAUGGGAGAGUUGGAUGGACAGAAGAUUCUUGAGUUUAGAGAGAUGGCUGAGCCGGCUCUUUUGUCAGAGGCUUUGAGGCUUCAGGUGAUGAAGGAGAAUCUUUUGGAGAGAUGUGGAUAUAUCGAGAGUUUGUCGGAGACAUUGGGUGUGUAAAGGACUUGUUGGAAUGGGGGAGCUAAGCGAUAGUGAAUACAGUGGAUAUGCCAGUAUAAGGCUAGGUGCUAUGCUUGGAUCUCUCGAAGAUUCCCUAUUACUUCUUCAUAUUACUCAAUGCAUGAACAGCAUGGCCAC